AUGACAACAUUAGCUCUGAGCCUCACUAAUCAGUUAUGUCAUUUCUCUACUAAAGUACGCUUCCUGUUCACAAACAAGAAUUCCUCAACACCACCACCAACAACAAGAUUAAUGAGUCAUGUUUGGUCUCAAUGUAAUACUCCGAGGUUUCCAACUUUACGCUCAGAACUGAAAGUUGAUAAAUUUUGGAUUUUUGUUGUUGUUGAAGCUAAUGGUAAUAUAAAGGAGGUUAUAGAAGAGGAUGGUAUUGAUGAUAGUGAUAAAGUGAGGGUGUUAAUGAAGAAAAUAAAGGUUCUUGGGAUUAACUGCGAUGAUUCUUGCUUGCCUGGACAGUACUAUCACUUGCUUUGUCCCAAGUGCCAAGGUGGCAAGACCAUGGAGAGGAGCUUAUCUUUUAAUAUCAGCCUAGAUGAGGAUUUUGCAAUGUGGAGGUGUUUUAAUGCUGGUUGUGGAUGGACAGGCCAGGCCUUUGCUGAUAGCAGGAUGACAAUUGCUGGAGUGAACAAAAUUUUCAAAGUUAAAUCCUCCAAGCAAAUAACCCCAGAGGGCAUAGUUUUGGAGCCAUUGGGUGACAAGCUGAUCGCAUACUUCAGUGAAAGAAUGAUUUCUAACGAAACUCUGCAGAGAAAUGCUGUUAUGCAGAUGUCCGGUGAUAAGGCUAAGGCAAGAUCUGAAGCAAAGGCCUUUUCAAGCCAUAUCUUGUCCUUCUACCACGAUAUUAUUGCUUUUACAUACAGACAAAAUGGGGCAAUUGUUGGCUGCAAAUACCGAACCAUGGAGAAAAGGUUUUGGCAAGUUGAAGGGGAAAUAGAUAAGCUUUCAGUGGAGGAAGCUGGAUUCCGUAAUUGCAUUAGUGUUCCUGGUGGUGCACCACAAGUUGUUUCUGCUAAAGAUUUACCAUCCUUAGAAAAGGACAGAGCGUAUCAGUAUCUAUGGAACAGCAAAGAGUACUUGGAUAAGCUUUCUCGCAUUGUCCUGGCAACUGAUGGCGACACAAGUGGGCAAUCCUUGGCUGAAGAAUUAGCACGCCGGCUGGGAAAAGAAAGGUGUUGGCUUGUACGUUGGCCAAAGAAAGAUGACUGGCAGUGCUUCAAAGACGCAAAUGAGGUUCUGAAGUGUUUGGGACCAGCUGCUUUGAAGAAAGCAAUUCAAACUGCAGAGAAGUAUGAGGCUUGUCAGCUACAUCUUCUGAAUCAGUUGGUGCUUCUCCAAGGCCUACCUGCUGAAGCAAACCACCUGCAGGCAAGAAGUUGGAAUUCCUUGGCGCAAUUUUUUCAUCUUUACAUGGAAAAUGCAGUUUACUUGCUGACGCCCACCUCUAAACUUAACCCUUCUUUGCUUACUCAAACUAAUGGCCACUCUUUUUCUCCUCUUGCUGCCCCAGGUGAAGAUAAAUUUCAUGGUUUGGACCCAGAAGUGAAGAAAUCAAAGUUGGAGAUUUUAAGGCUUAAAUUAGCAGAGCUGGGGAUUGAACUGGAUCACUUUGCUCCCGGACAGUACAAUGCCUUAAUUUGUCCGAUGUGCAAAGGUGGUGAUUCAAAUGAGAAAUCCUUCUCUCUUUUCAUCAGUGCAGAUGGGUAUGCUCUUGCACCUUUCGUGAGAAAUGCAUCCUGGAAUUGCUUUCGAGCAAAAUGUGGGUGGAAUGGUGGAACAAAACCAUCUGCAGGUAGCAAGUCUACAUAUGGAACCUCUCUCAAACUUUCCAAAGUUAAGCAGAUAAGAGAAAUCACAGAGCAGAGUCUUGAAUUGGAACCACUAUGCGAUGAGCUUGUUGGUUAUUUCAAGGAGCGGCUAAUAUCAGCAGAGACACUGGCGAGAAAUCAAGUUAUGCAGAAAGGCUAUGGCGACCGUGGCCAGGUUGCUAUUGCUUUUACUUACCGCCGAAAUGGAGUGCUUGUAAGCUGCAAGUAUCGGGACAUCAAUAAGAAAUUUUGGCAGGAAAAGGAUACAGAAAAAGUAUUUUACGGGCUAGAUGAUAUAAAGGGAGCAGAUGAAAUCAUCAUUGUUGAAGGUGAAAUGGACAAGCUUGCAAUGGAAGAAGCUGGAUUUCGUAAUUGUGUGAGUGUCCCUGAUGGUGCUCCUCCAGCAGUUUCUUCAAAGGAAUUACCACCUAAACAGGAGGCAUCUCGCAUAAUACUUGCCACUGAUGGAGAUCCACCUGGUCAAGCAUUAGCUGAAGAGCUUGCACGCCGUCUUGGAAGAGAAAGAUGCUGGCGAGUCAAAUGGCCAAAGAAAAAUAAAGAUGGACAUUUCAAGGAUGCAAAUGAGGUUCUCAUGUUUUCGGGGCCUCUUGCACUGAGGGAUGUAAUUGAAAAUGCCGAGCUGUACCCUAUACGUGGAUUGUUCAACUUCAGCGAUUACUUCCCUGAGAUUGAUGCAUAUUAUAAUCGCACUCUUGGCUAUGAAUUUGGUGUUUCAACCGGGUGGAAGGCUCUAAAUGAAAUAUAUAACAUAAUGCCAGGAGAGUUGACUAUGGUAACUGGGGUUCCCAAUUCAGGCAAGAGUGAGUGGAUCGAUGCUCUAUUAUGCAAUCUUAAUGAAAGUGUUGGCUGGAAAUUCGCACUUUGCUCUAUGGAGAACAGUGUUCGGGACCAUGCUAGGAAACUUUUGGAGAAACACAUGAAGAAGCCCUUUUUCGAUGCACGUUAUGGAGAAUCUGUUGAUCGUAUGAGUGCUGAGGAGUUAGAAGAAGGGAAGCAGUGGUUGAGGGAUACAUUUUAUCUCAUAAGAUGUGAAGAUGAUGCACUUCCACAUAUAAAAUGGGUUCUUAACCUUGCAAGAGCUGCAGUUCUGAGACAUGGAGUCCGUGGACUAGUAAUUGAUCCUUACAAUGAGCUUGAUCAUCAACGCCCUCCUAGCAUGACUGAGACUGAGUAUGUAAGUCAGAUGCUUACACUGGUCAAAAGGUUUGCUCAGCAUCACGCUUGUCAUGUUUGGUUUGUGGCGCAUCCGAAACAGUUGCAAAAUUGGGCCGGCCAACCUCCUAAUCUAUAUGAUAUAAGCGGUAGUGCACACUUUGUUAACAAAUGCGACAAUGGUAUUGUCAUUCAUCGUAAUAGGGAUCCGAAUGCUGGACCUGUUGAUCAAGUACAGGUUUGUGUCAGGAAGGUGCGAAAUAAGGUAGCUGGAACCAUAGGAGAUGCCAUCCUGUCUUAUAACAGAGCAACUGGUCAAUUCAUGGAUGUUGAUAAAUCAGCUGGAAGCAACAAUCAAGGCUUCAAAUCAGAUGGAAGCAACAACCAAGGCUUCAAAUCACCGAGAAGAAGAUAG